AUGGAGAUCUCAGCGCACAAGCAGCAGCAUCCUGAGGCGGCCAAAAUCAGAAACCUGCCCUGGGUUGAAAAAUACCGGCCACAGACACUGGAUGAUCUCAUUUCUCAUCAGGACAUCUUGAGUACUAUUCAGAAGUUUAUCAGUGAGGACCGCCUGCCGCACCUCCUUCUGUAUGGUCCUCCAGGGACAGGAAAGACAUCCACCAUCCUGGCCUGUGCUAAACAGCUGUACAAAGAUAAGGAAUUUGGCUCCAUGGUCUUGGAGCUGAAUGCUUCAGAUGACCGAGGAAUAGAUAUCGUUCGAGGACCAAUCCUGAGCUUUGCUAGCACAAGGACAAUAUUUAAGAAAGGCUUUAAACUAGUGAUCUUGGAUGAGGCCGAUGCCAUGACUCAGGACGCCCAGAACGCCCUGCGGAGAGUGAUUGAGAAGUUUACUGAAAAUACCAGAUUUUGCCUCAUCUGUAACUAUCUGUCAAAGAUCAUCCCCGCCUUGCAGUCCCGGUGUACACGAUUCCGAUUUGGACCACUGACUCCCGAACUCAUGGUUCCCCGCCUGGAACACGUCGUAGAAGAAGAGAAAGUUGAUAUAAGUGAAGACGGGAUGAAAGCGCUCAUAACUCUUUCCAGUGGAGACAUGCGAAGGGCUCUGAACAUUUUACAGGUAUGGCACCACUCCAAGCAGAUCUCUAGUUACUUUGGGAAGUUUUCCAAGAAAGACAUAAGCAACAAUAUCAUGGAGUUGAAGACUCUGAAGGGGUUGGCAUUACACGACAUCCUGACGGAGAUACACCUGUUCGUGCACAGAGUUGACUUUCCAUCUUCAGUUCGAAUACAUUUAUUGACCAAAAUGGCAGACAUUGAGUACAGGCUUUCUGUUGGCACCAGUGAGAAGAUUCAGCUGAGUUCCCUCAUUGCCGCUUUUCAAGUCACCAGAGACCUGAUUGUCACCGAGGCCUAG